AUGACAACAAAUCGUCGCUCCCGUCUAUCGGGAUUCCGAUGCGCCUCGACUGCCCGCGUAACCGCUACUCUAUUGUUAUCCUUCCUCGCAUUUUCACCAUCUUCUGCAUCCAGCGAUUUCAAUGACCGCUUUCACGAUGAUAUUAUAUUACCUCCUGGACCAGUCCUUCCAUCGGCCCCCGAAAUUCCUGAGCCUGCCGAGCAUACGUUCAGUCUUCGUCAUAUAUACCACCACGGUACCCAUCUCCAUCCUAGUCUUCAUCGAAAGCGGGAUGUCGUCCAUGACCAGUCGAGGGUUUACCUGGCUGCAGAAGAUGACUUUAACGAAUAUGAUAUCCUUCGAUUGAAAGCCAAGAGUCGCCCCGAGCCAAUCCACCGUUUAGCUGAUCGAAGGCCAUCAGUUGUCGACCCCAUGGUGGCCGAGUCGCGACAGAGAGGAUACGCAGCCGUUCUUGAUGCAUCAGCAUGGACCAUGGAUCAAGUUUCGUCUCCCGAUAUCAAGGAUAAGGACACUGUUCUCACCCUAGCUCUCAUGACUGCCAACGCCUACGUCGAGCAUGAUACUGAUGCCGAUUGGGAGGAUGUCGGAGAGCGGUGGAAUCGCAGCGCCGAUUUCGGAUGGGAGUCUGAUGGUCUCCGUGGGCAUGUCUUUGUUGAUGACACCAAUUCGACCAUUGUUAUUGGGUUGAAGGGUACAACGACAGCUGUCUUUGAUGGAGAAGGAACCACUACUAAUGACAAAGUCAACGAUAACCUAUUUUUCAGUUGCUGUUGCGCCCAGCAAGGUCAGUGGACCUGGCAUCAAGUCUGUGACUGUGCCACCGGUACAUAUUCUUGUAACAACACAUGUGUUGUUCAGGCUUUGAGGGAAGAGAACAGAUAUUACGGCGCUGCCCGCGAACUGUAUUCCAAUGUCACAGAGCUUUAUCCUGAUGCUCAAGUCUGGCUCACGGGUCAUUCGCUCGGUGGUGCUGUGACUUCGAUGCUGGGUAUGACAUAUGGUUUACCUGUUGUUACUUUUGAGGCUGUCCCAGAAGCUCUCCCAGCUUCCAGAUUAGGCCUACCGGUCCCUCCUGGCGUCAGUGCCGAAUACCCUCAAAUGCGUGAGAACACAGGCACGUUCCACUUUGGUCACACCGCGGACCCUGUUUAUAUCGGAACAUGCAAUGGUGCAACGGCUUCCUGCACGUAUGGUGGUUAUGCUAUGGAAAGUACUUGCCAUGCUGGUUACGAGUGCGUCUACGACGUUGUCGCCGACAAAGGAUGGAGAGUUGGUAUUGGUACACAUCGCAUUCGCUCGGUCAUAGACGACGUCAUCAAGAAGUACGAUGGUGUCCCCGAGUGCAAACGGACUCCCGAGUGCCGCGACUGUGCCCAGUGGAAGAUGUACGAGAGCAACGGGACUGAAACUACCACAACGUCUUUACCCUCGACUACCAGUACGACACGCACUCGAACCCGUACAUCAACCUGUGAGACACCUGGCUGGUGGGGUUGCCUUGACAAGACCACCCCGAUUACGACUACAACAUCGACCACAUCAUCGUCCACAUCUACAUGCAAAACCCCCGGAUGGUUCGGUUGCAAAGAUAAAACGACGUCAGAGAUUAGCACUACUACAACCACGGAGGCUUCAUCCACAACAACUUGCGAAACUCCUGGCAGGUUCUGGGGAUGCCGCGACGAGGUGGAGGCCACGACAACUGCCGAGCCUGGUCAAGUAACCAACGUACCUGUUACUGCUGCACCUACAGGCACAACGGAUGAUAGUUUGAGCACGGCCUUACCAGAGACUCAGAGGUGCCUUGCUCGUAACUGGUUCGGAAUCUGCAAAGAAUGGUCCAUUGACGACCUUGAGUUUACUACAGAUGAGAUGUAG